AUGUCGACGAUCUCGACACACCUGCGGAAUUUCAAGGAGCCGACCAAGAAUCAGCUCCUGCAGCUCUUCUUUGCGCUCCCAUUUGAUGCCCCCGCCAGCACCUUGAACGACGAGCAGAAGGGUAAGGCACAGGACGACUUGUCCGAGGCCCAACUCGAGAAGAUGGAGAUCAAUGCGGUGCUCAGCCUCCAGGGCGAAGAGGACUCGUAUGCAGGGAAGCUGCACCUCCUCCCGCCCUAUCUCGCCUUCAUCUCGCUCGACCGCAAGUCCGCGCGCUUCACCGUGCCCCUGUGCACCAUCCGCCGCGUCGAGCGCCUCAACGCCCGUGCGGGGAUAUAUGCGCUCAGCCUGUCGCUCUGGCAUGGCAUGAAGAUCAUUGUGCAACUGACGUCAUUACGCCCCACGGCGGACCUGUUCUGCUCGCUCCUGCGGGACGCGCUUAAGGUGGAGCUGCAGCGUGGGAUGAUGAAGGCCGUCAAGGGUUUCGUGAAGACGUGUUAUUCGGAAGUGCUCGUCGCCGCGGCAGAAAGCGAGGAGAAGGGGGAGAAGGAGGGCUCAAGCGCCGCGAAACUGGCGGAAGAAGGCUCCGCGACGAGUGCCGAGUCGAUGUACCUCGGCGGCUUGGGACUGAAGUUCAAAUUCCCUGGCGAUCCGAAGAAGCUACGUGAAGCAUCGAAGACAAAACUGUGGACUAAUUACCUACGCACACACGGGCGGAACCUCUCACUACUCCGGUACCCACAGUGUACGCGCCUCGUGCAGGUAGGUCUGCCUAAUCGACUACGUGGUGAGAUGUGGGAGACACUGUCAGGCUCGCUGUACCUCCGCUUCGCGAAUCCAGGGUACUAUGAGCGCAUCCUGGAGGAGAACGCGGGCCGUACAAAUACGAGCACGGAGGAAAUAGAGAAGGAUCUACAUCGCAGCCUGCCGGAGUACUCGGCAUACCAAUCAGAUGAAGGUAUCGCGUCUCUGAGAAGGGUACUACAAGCAUAUUCGUUCAGGAAUCCGGAGACAGGUUACUGCCAAGCCAUGAAUAUACUCGCCGCUGCUAUCUUGAUCUAUAUGUGCGAAGAGCAAGCUUUCUGGUUACUGGAAGUUAUCUGUGAUCGUCUUCUUCCUGGCUACUACAGUACAUCCAUGCAUGGAACUCUUCUCGAUCAGCGAGUGUUUGAAUCAUUGGUGCAUCGGUGUUUGCCUAUCAUCCAUGAUCACUUCCAGGAAGUUGAUGUGCAGCUGUCUGUCGCGUCCUUGCCAUGGUUCCUUAGUUUAUUUAUAAACAGCAUGCCGAUGGUGUUCGCUUUCCGGAUAAUCGACUGUUUCUUCUGCAUGGGGCCGAAGGUUCUGUUCCAAGUCGGACUUGCAAUUCUCAAAAUCAAUGGAGAAAAGCUAUUGCAGGUACAGGACGACGGCGGGUUUAUCCAUCUCAUGCGAGAGUACUUCGCAUCGCUCGGCGCCUCUGCACACCCGAACUCGAGCGACCCGCGCGCUCGCGCCAUCACGCGUUUCCAAGAGUUACUGCUGGUGUCCUUCCGCGAGUUCGCGGUGAUCACCGAUGACACUAUCCUAACCGAGCGGCGCAAGUAUCGGUCGGAAAUCGUGAACAGUAUCGAGUCGUUCUCGAAGCGUUCCGCCAUUCGUAACCUCAAGACGCUCGGCCGGUUCAGCAAGGACCAGGCGGGGCUGAUAUACGAUGCGCUAUUCAAGGCGAUUUGUGUUGUUCCCCCGCCCGCGGUGCAGGUCCCGCCGCCGAUGCUGUUGACAACGAAGGACACGCCAGAGGAGCGCCCUGAGACGAGGAUUGGCUUGCGCACAUUUAGAGUGUUCCUGAGUGAAGUGGUAUCAUGGGCUCGGGUAGAGAAGAUCGUUUCGAACGGCUUCCAGCAAAGAGUGGAUCGCGAGGUUGCUGAGCAUGAGCUUAUAGACCGCCUGUUUUACUUCUGGGACACGUCGUAUAGAGGUGCUCUAUCAUUCCAGGAUCUUGUGUCUGGUCUAGAUGGUGUCAUGUUCAAUGACUUGAUGGAUAACAUUGAGUGGUUCUUCAACCUGCAUGACAAGAACAAGGACGGGUUCCUAACAAAAGACGAAGUUCUGACGCUGUCAGAGUCUCUGUUGUUUAUUUUCCGCUUUGAGAUUGGUGAUGCGUACCUCGGAGCAGUCAGCCGAUUCAUGUCGAAUGCGUUCGAAUAUGGCGAUGCAUUGAUUCCCCGACCAGAAGGGGCAGAUCCAAAUGACGAUGCGCCACCACAACUCGAGUCAAAUCAGCCAUACAUGAACUUGGCAACAUUCCGCAUGGUGGUUCUGGCAGAGGAGGUACUCGAGUCAUUCUUCGAGACAGACUUCUCUGCGACGUUCAAGUUGGAGCCUGUACCAAUCAUGGAGCUUCCUUCCUCGAACGGCGGCUUGCUGGGCGGGCUGUGGUCCAACAUCACAUCAGACGACAGCCGUAAGAUCUUCAACAGGUUCACCGAUGAGAUUGGGAGAACGAUUGGCAAGCACCAGGUCUACCAUCGCCCAGCGAUUGGAAAAUACACCUCGCUGGAGGAGCCGAAAGCGCGGGAGUCUCUUCUUACGCCCACCAUGCGCCGGUCAACGUCCCGGACCAGCCUCAAUACCUUCGAGAGCUCUCCAAGCGAAUCAACGCCCUCUCUAUCGGCUUCGGCACCCUCGACAUUGGGCGUCGAAAAGGAGACGUUAACGUCACCUGCAGAAUUCUCCCCGAUGCCGGGCAUGUUCCAGGCUGCCGCAAACGUCGCCGCGUACAUGGAGCGUACGCCGUUCGCGAUCGACGAUGCGAAGGAUGAUGAUGACGAUACUGAGUACGAGAGCGGUUUGGAAGAGGAUGAGGAUGUCAUGGACGAAGUCGAUGCGUUCCUGGAAGCACACGAUUCUGGCCUGACGGAAGCGGAGCGCGAGCUUGCGAAAGAUUUGAUCAAUGCCGAGCCGGUGAAGUGA